AUGCCCAAAGAUAUCAGAACAACCAUUAACUUUAUCCCUUCCAACCUAUCUAUCCGGUCCAUGACAGGAACGGCAGUCUUCUUCACCAACGCCAAAGAUAAACGAACUGUAACGGUCCAUGACGCUCGUGGCCGCGAGCACGAGUUUGAUCUAUCAAAGAAUGGCUUCUGCUAUACUACCCACCCGAGCGUGCACGUUCCGAUCUCAGAUCCCACAAUUCUAAAAUCAGAGAUCUAUCCGGAGAUAGCCAGGCUUCUGCAGACUAGCAUUCACCCACCUCCAACCUGCGUCAAAGUCGUCUCCCACACCAUCAGAUCCUCCCUUACAGAUGUCAACAGCGAAUGCACGGGUACGCCAGGCCCCGCGCGAGCGGCCCACCUUGACCACACCCCUUCCGGUGCAAAGAGUUAUCUGUACGAGAAGCUCCCCGAGGAAGAAGCCUCCCGGCUCUCUCGGACAAGGUGGGCGAUCAUCAAUGUUUGGCGUCCAUUGAAGACUAUCACGCGCGACCCUCUGGCCGUCUGUGAUGGGAGUACCUUACAAGAAGGCGACCUACUCCCAAUCCGCAUGGACUACUCGGCCAAUAUUAGAGCCAAGAACCAAGCCGGCAGGCUGAGGACCACGGUGGGGUGGGAGAUUGCAAUGCUCAAGUACAGUGAUAGGCAGCGGUGGUACUAUUUGUCUGAAAUGGAGGUGGCAGAUGUGCCUCUGAUGAAGAUAUAUGAUUCGAACAUCACGGAGCCGAUGGUUGCGGUGCAUUCGUCAUUUGAGGAUCCCGGGUCACAAAAUACAGAGGCCAGGGAGAGCAUUGAGUUCAGGUGUUUGGUCUUCUGGGAGUAUGACUGA